CCGUUCAGUUUCGUAAAAGUUUUCAACCGGAUUGGACGGUUAUCACCGGCACCUGGUGUUCGGUUGCGGGCAGCUAGUUUUGUUGUUUUUUCGUGGAAAAAGUGCCACUUCCUUCAACAUGCAGCAAGUGUUGUGGAAGAAACAUUUCGAAGAGCUGUACGGUACGGUGAAAGAUAUUCUGCACCUCCACGCGUACGAGGAUUGUACGAUCGUGUGCGAGGGCGAGCUGUUCCGGGCGCACCGGUUUUUACUGGCCAGCGUGAGCCCUUAUUUUCAUAAAAUUUUCUCACAAAAUGAAACAAACACAACUGUGGUGCUGAAAGAUGUCUCACCGCACGUGAUGCGCAUCAUCAUGCAGUUCCUCUACUACGGCGAGGCGACCAUCUUCGACGGCGAUCUGGAGAACGUGGUGGCCGCCGCCGAACACCUCGACCUGAUCCCGGUGGUGGCGAUGCUGCGCAACCUGGGCAAGGAGCAGCAGCAGACCGGCCACCACCGGUCGGCCGCCAGCUACCUCGGCUACGAUGCGAUCGCGUCCGACCAGGCCGCCGCCGCCACGCCGCCCCGCCUCAGCGUGCGGUCGCAGUACAUGGCGCCGCACAACCGGAAGCGCAUCGCGCCCGACUCGGACGACGAGCAGCUGCCCGAGCGGCUCAGCCCGGUGGAGCUGACGAUGGCGGCCAGCCGGGACGUGCGGGACGCGCCCGGUGCGGGCGCGGCACAGACGCCGAUGUCACCGCAGCGGCCACUAGCGACGAACCCGCCACCGGAGCAGCUGUCGCCCGGGCUGCUGCAGGAGGGGCAGCCGUCGCUCCGCGAGCCGGACCUACCGCUGGCAACCCGCGAAGCGACCGUCUCGCCCCACACCACCUCCCAAUCGUCGUCGGUCGACGAGCGGGACAAGCUGUGGAGCUACUACGACAGUGUCGGGCUGAAGCUGCUGACCGACUCGGCCCAAUCGACGCCGAUCGCCGACGCGGACAAGCGAAAAGCGACAAGCGCGGGCAGGGCCAUCGUCGGAUCGGCCGGCAAAUCUGCGCCAGUGACACCGGGCGAAAAGUGGUACCAGGGCAAGUUGCAGUUCAUGCUCAGCCAGCGGGGCAAACCGCUGCUGGUGCACGACGGCCACUCGUUUGGCAUUCAGUACAUCCGCAAAGACAAGAAGUACUGGCAGUGCAACCUGUCGCGCAAGUACAACUGCAAGGCGCGGGUCACGACCACGGACACCGGCGACAUCAUCGUGACGAACAACGAGCACUGCCACACGGAGAUUCGGCAGCAUCUGCGCAAAGACUACAAGACGAUGAAGCUGGCCGCGUCGCUGGCCGCAAACAGGGGGCUGUCCGCGCUGCCGCUGCUUUCGCCGAAAUCGCUAACCCUAGCGAACGCGUUCCUGCAGUCGACCGGGGCCGUCGAUGCGGCCAGCUUAUGCCACAGCACCAGCCCGAACGCGAGUCACCAAAGCGAGCCGGCGCAGGAUUCGACCGGCAGCCUCAACCUCACGAUCAACAACUGGACAAUCAAACGGGAGACGGGGAACUACAGCGAGUGACACUUGCCGCUCAGUUGACCGCUCAGUCUCUCUGUCUCUGUCUCUCUCUCAAAUAUGCUGCCCAUAUGAGUAGCAGGUGCAGGUGCAAGCAGCAUAGGAGGAAUCGAAUCUACUCUAUAUCGACUACCCCAGGGGGGAACUACGGCACAAUCAACCAUAGAUUUUAGUACCUGAACCAACUCCUCUCCACUACGUACCGUCAAACACUACUCACGCAUGGGCCAAAAUUUUGCAACAAAAUGCACCCUGGACCCAACACAGCUCCACUGGGAUUGUGCCAUCGCUGUUUGGCGCGGAAUGAUAUUGAUUAGGUAGACGAAAGUAUAACUCUCUUAUAAGCUACUGACAGCAAUCCGGCACGGUAAAGUCGCGUCUAAUGAUGCAAGUUCUUGUACGCAUCAAGUAAUCGAAAAUGUCGUUAGAAUAUAUCUUUUCGCUGUAAAGUUAGCAAAUGUAAUGGAACUAAUAUUAAGGCUCUUUAUAUCCCUCUCUUCCCCAUUGGGGAAAGGCACACAAAAAACACUCCUCAAGAGUACCUACCACUACACCUAGAAAUGCUCUAUACUCAUUAACCAGAUUCCUGAUCGAUUGGUAUUGGUUUUGCGGUGUUUGCGCCUCAGCUAUAACUCCCAUGCGUAGAUUCUAUUGCUGAAUAAUGUUAUCUACUCUAGGUUGAUUUAUCGAGCAAAAAAAAAAAGCCAUCGAUAAACGAAAGACGGUCGAAUGUGACGGUGCUUUACUGCCCUGUACCACGCUUUAUUAGGGGAAUUGAAUAGGCAAUAACACACCCGUCUUUUUAUCAGAUCUUGCGCCCCUUUCGUAUCUUUUGCAGGUUUUUUUUUACAAGUUUCUUUUCUAUUAUUAUUUUAAAGCAAAUCCUUUACUGGCCAAACAGAGGGUUGUGUAACAUUAGAAUACUUGUUAAAAAGUAUAGCAACAUCACCGCCACUGUUCACGUCCUCUGUUAUGAUAUUUCGGCCGUCCUCGUUUUGAUUCGGGGUUUUUGAAAACAGUAAAAAUCCGUUGGAACAAACGAAUCAACGUGUGGUAACCACUAGCCCACUGAUAAGCGAGGGCUUCUACUAACUAACUUCAACGAAAAAGCUAGACAUGAUCUAAGAAACCUCACAGCAGCAUAUCACCAGGAGAGAAAACAAUGAUUGCGGACACGCACAGCUUCACGUAUUGCCUUCCGGUUCUUUCCAAUGCAUUGAGUAAGCAUCCAGACCAAACAAACUCCAGUAUAUACACACACACACACACACUCACAAAUACUUACUCUCAUUCAAACACACACACGCACAUAAUUUUCUUGUCAAAAAAGCUUCAAUUUAGAGUAAGAUAAGGUCCGACGACGGCUAGUAGAGCACGGCGAGAUAGCGAGGAAAUUGAACUAUUUUUUAAAUCCUCCAAAAUGAGAUCAGAUUUUUUUGUUGCUGUUGUUCUUGUGUUUUGUUUCUCUGUUAGGUCGUUAUUACCGCACACAUAAUACUCAUCAUCGAUAGAGAGUAUGUUAGCAUAUGUGUGUGUGCCAAAUAUGUUAUCUCAGUAAAGAAUAAACGCAUCGGUACGGAGAACUUUCGGAAGGAGCGAGGGAAAAUUUCGUGAAUCAGGAACAUAUAUUUAACGUACAAAAAGGCCUUCAGGGCAGCUAUCCUUACGGACACUGUUAAUUAUUACACUAUGAUAGAAAAGCAAUAAAAAAAUAUUUACGAGUUUGAAGUGAAAUGUGUUGGUUAGUCUCGUUUUUUACUUUCUGCGGUAACAAGUUCCCUCUGCUCAAGUAUCGAACGAUUAAACAUGAUUCCCGACAAUGCGUCUUCUUAUCGCCACCGCUCGAUAAGAACAUGUUCGAGCUUUAACGUUUGGGUAGGCGAUUAGUCAAUAGCUGAUAUUAAUCCACAACUCAGAGCAAGCCUCAUAUGAUCAGGCCAGAACAAUGUAGUCACUACAAUCCACAAGAAAAAUGUC